UAGACAUUUUUUAAAUAUUCGCGCUAAGAUAAUGAUUUACCUGAGGCGCGUAUCCGGUAAAUCUUUGUGUCAUGGAGAAGGAAGAACUUCCUCUUUCUUCCACAUUGCACCCGCUAAUUUUUGCUGAGUCCUUAAACGUUUUAUCCCUAUACACACUUCAAGAUGGGUAGGGAGGACAAGGCAACAUGGAAAUCCAAUUACUUUACAAAACUUGUUCAACUAUUGGAUGAUUACCCAAAAUGUUUCAUUGUGGGUGCUGACAAUGUCGGCUCUAAACAAAUGCAACAAAUCCGUAUGUCCCUUCGUGGGAAUGCUGUUGUAUUAAUGGGAAAGAACACAAUGAUGAGGAAAGCUAUUCGUGGUCAUAUUGAACGCAAUGCUGCCCUUGAAAAACUUCUUCCACAUAUUCGUGGAAAUGUUGGUUUUGUUUUUACCCGUGGAGAUUUAAUCGAAGUACGGGACAAACUUUUGGAAAACAAAGUCAGAGCACCAGCUAGAGCAGGUGCUAUUGCACCACUAAGUGUAAUUAUUCCUGCUCAAAACACUGGUCUUGGACCUGAGAAAACAUCAUUCUUUCAAGCCUUGAGCAUUCCUACCAAAAUUUCUAAGGGUACUAUUGAAAUUAUUAACGAUGUACAUAUUUUAAAACCAGGUGAUAAGGUGGGUGCAUCUGAAGCCACUCUUUUAAAUAUGUUGAACAUUUCUCCGUUUUCAUAUGGUUUACUUGUUGAACAAGUCUAUGAUUCGGGUACUAUUUUUGCACCUGAAAUUUUGGACAUCAAACCAGAAGAUCUAAGGGAAAAAUUCAUGGCUGGAGUGGCAAACUUAGCUGCAGUGUGUUUAGCUAUUGGCUAUCCUACAGUAGCUAGUGCUCCUCACAGUAUUGCUAAUGGAUUCAAGAAUCUGUUGGCCAUUGCUGCUGUGACUGAUAUUGAAUUUCCAGAAGCAGCUACAAUUAAGGAAUACAUCAAAGACCCAAGUAAAUUUGCUGCCGCAGUUUCUGUUGCUGCACCAGCUACGGCUGCUGCAGAAGCACCAGUCGCGGAAAAGAAAGAAGAAAAGAAAGAGGAAUCUGAGUCAGAAGACGAAGAUAUGGGAUUCGGUUUGUUCGACUAAAAUACGAAUGUACAUACAUAUAUAUGUAUUACAUGAUUAAUGAUGUGAUUAUUUUAAUAAUCCGAACCUUCAACACAUACAACACUGAAAUAAAAAAUGAUUCAUAACAUA